GUACAAAUUUCUCGUAGCAGCACAUGCAAUCGUGUCAAAAUGCAGUUGCAUUAUAUUUACUCGUUCAAGGCGUUCUGUUACCUCGUGUAGGAUUGCUAUAGUUUCAGAAAAUCCUAUCGACGCGCUUAUCUAUAGACAUAUUCACGUGAUGUGAUAAAAAUGAAAAGAAAAACUUGUCCGCAAAGUCUCGAUUCGAUAUUAUAUAUUACUGGUCGGCAUAUAUUACUUAUUACCCGCAUACGCGCGCAUUAUUUAUUUUAGGAGAGAAAAAAAAGAGGGUCGUUUGUCAUUUAUUAUCUCUAAAUGUAUCUAAGCAAACCAUAUACAGGCCAUUCUGAAUUUAUGCGUUCGAAAAUCUGUAAUUUAAGAAAAAAAUGAUUUAUAUGAUACAACAUCCCCUUUAUAUCUAUUUACAGAUGGCUUUCCAAUUCGAGAAAUAUAGUAUAGUGAUUCUAUAUUUCUUUCGAGUAAUAUGCUCAAUAUGUGGAAUGAGGUAAUGCAUAUUUUAAGGAUAUCUAAAAGCAGAUGAUAAAUCAAAGGAAAUUUCUUCCGCAAGACCUCGCCUCUUCCUGACACAUCUUUCCCAUCAAACACUAUCAACAUAUCCGCGUACAUACCUUCGAAUUCGAUUGCUUAUUUGUGCUACAGCCCUCGGUGUGUCGACAGUGCACACAGUAUUGCCUCUAUAACACUAAUACACGUGGCCAAAUUUGCACGUAGACACAUAAAUGUACAUAUUUAUAUUUGUUCAGUAUACAUUUAUUUGACAGGAUAGAUAUUUGUGAUCUUUUGCAGGGUUGUAUACAUCUUGUAUAGAUGUAUCGCGCUUUUAGUUCUAAAAAUCAAAAGAUAUUAAGAUGGAAAAUGAACAUAAGAAACGUUUCAUUCUACUUUUUAUUUUUAUUUAAAUCAUCUUAAGUGAUAUGAUGUACUUUUUCAAGCUAUUUUAUAUAUUUUUAAAUUCUCAAUGCAUGUAAAAUUUUUCUAAAAUAUCGCUUUUUUACACAUAUAUAAGACAAAGAGGGGUAAAUUAUUAUUAAGUUUCAAACAGAAUAAUAGAAAAAAAAGUAGCAGCAUCUUUGUAACAAAUGAAAAGAGCGCCCCGGAAUAAAAUGGGACACCCGGUAUAUCCGCGUCGGGGGUAAAGCGUGUGUGUAGCCGUGGUGUGUGGCACAGGUCGACGGGGGUGCCGCGUUUCAGACGCCGCGUUGCGGGCCAUCGAUUUCGGCCCAGGCCGAUGGCAUCGACGGGGCGCUCCUCCGCGGGACCAUCGCGACGUCGUCGUCGCGGCGGCGCUGCUGCCGCCGCCGCCGCCGCCGCCGCCUCCUCCUUCACCACCGGCGUCGUUAGUCCCAGAGGAAGAGAGAGAGAGAGAGAGAGAGAGCGAAGGAGCGAGGAGAAAGCCGCCCGCCGUCUCUACCUUAGCCGGCGUCCGCUCGCUCGCAGCUACGCCGACUACUAACGCCGAGUAUUAACGGCGUCGUCGCCGUUCCGCUCGACGCACGCCGACGCCGACGCCGCCUGCGCGCGAGGUCGCGCCGCGUCGUGCCGAAGUGAGCCGACACGACACGGGCGGUGAGCAGCAGACACACACUUACGGCAGUCGAGGGCAGUCGUGAGGCUGCCCGUCGUGCGUGGUGCUGCUUAGUAGCUGGCCGUGUACUAGAGAGCUUUGCCACUGCCUGGCCUGCUGGCAGCCGGCGCGUUAUCCCCCAGUCAGUGGAGCGAGAGAGCCACGGCAGUGCGGGAGCAAGAGUUCACGGUGACGGAUCGGUCUGCUCUUCUGCGACAGCAUAACUGAGCGUAAUCGUGAAUCGAGAGAGAUAAAUAGAGAAAGGACCUUUACGCGAAGAGAGACUCUAGGCGAAGGGGUUGGAUCAACUAUCUAGGCCGUCGUGAAAGGGUUGCGACGCCGCAAACUAUAUUUUAAUAUGCGAGAGAGGAAAUAGAUCCUUUUAUAUCGAAUAGACGAUUUCUAGACGACCGAUUGUCCGAAUAAAUAUCCGCGGGACCACCGCGGGUGUACGAGCGAAGCGCAGUUGCUCGAUGCAUCGGUGCACCACCAGCUGCAGCUGCCACCGCCGCUACUACCGCCUUUACGGUGCUACCACUACCACCGGUACUACUACCGCCGCUGUUGCCGCCACCACCGCCGCCGCCGCCGCUAUCGCUGGCAAGACCUCGUAGAGAUGUCCACCUCGUGGCAGCCGACACUUCCUACCGGACGGUGGUAGUGUCCGGGCGCGCUGGUCGACGCACGAGCUGCCGUAGUCAAUCGUUAGUUUUUUGACGACAAGAGUGGCGAAGGAAGGUGUUUGAUGACACUUGGUGAUCGUUCCCCAUAGUGCGAGCAAAGGUGAUCUCGCAUAGAGAAGGCAAGGGGACAAAAGACAGCCGUAAGGGAGAAAGAGAGGGUGUAGAAGAAGACAGGGACAAUCGAACCCUUCUUUCUUUCUUUCCGCGCUCGACGCGUGUCAUCGCUAAUACACAACGCGCGCUUUCGCUUAGAGGGCUUCUUCCCUCCGACGCGGCGGAUAUAAUACGCGGAUUCCUCGAGGCCUUUAUCACGCGCGUCGCGAUAUACUACGUGACACUUCGCGACGUGUGUCACGUGAAGAGAGUAGCGGCGCGUCGUUCCACGGGUCGUCGUCCUGACGUUGAACAAAACGGAACGCGUUCCUUACAAAACUAUCCGUACUACAUCCAAAUCUCUCAUUACCGCUAUAUCAAUUUCGUAAAAAGUACUCCGCAAAGAUAAUUCAACUGUGACGGGAAUAUCGCCGGUCGACGGGAUACCGAAGAGGGGGAUCAGGUUGCGAUCGGAGAAGCAAGGAGAUCACGCCUGGGGUGAGACCGAAAAGGUAGUAGUCUGUGGUUGAUCGGUUGGUUGGUGCUACGUGUGGCUAGUGGGACUGGUGGCUCGGCUCGGACGGCCCAGGUCGCGGUAAUGCCUCGCAGCAGCGAUCGUGUCGCCAGGUCGCACGGUGUCGCAGGCGGGGUGAGGGACCGGGCCGCCGCAGGUAAUACCGGCGUCGUCGUGGGUGUUGUCGCGGCCACCGCGGAUAGGAUACGUUGACGAGCGCAGCCGACCCCGGUGGCACGUUGCUGGCCACCGUCGUCGUCGCUGCAUCCGCAGGCCAUGUAUCGAGGCGAGCCGGCGAUCGACCGUGCCGGCAGCGGCGGCGGUAACCGCAGUGCCGGCGACCCGCGCCGGGCAAGAUCGCCGCGUCGACGACGCGCAACGGCGGCCGCCGACCUGCCCGAGGACGCUGACGGCGAGGAGGAACCCUACGGCGAGGGGGAUGAGGGGGAGGAGGAAGAGGACGAGGAGGAAGAGGCCUAUAUCGUUCUCGAUGUGCAACCCCGACGACCGUCCGACUCCACGACGAGGGUGUACCGCAAUGACGAUUCCUGCGGCUGUCGCGCGGUGCAGAGGAGGCCGGGUAGAAGACGGCACGGCUCGGGAAAUGCCCUCAGGAUACUCUUCGCCGUUGCCGCAGCUGCCUUCCUCGCGCUCGCCGUCUCACCAGUGUCUGGAACGACGAAUAAGAAAGAGGAGGAGACGGCAGCACCUUCGGUCACGGAAAAGAAUACCGUGAUCCUGGGCACGAGAACCAGAACGGGAAGUGAUCCUGGAGGAAGUAUAGACCUAUUGGCAGCGCUGCAGCUGCAUAAUACCACUCGGCAGGGUGUUACACAGGAACCGGGUCUGAAUAGGCUGAAACCAGCUUAUAAUCUUCAGGGCGAGGAGAGGGAGCUCCGACUGAACGAGACGAACUUCGAACGAGCGGCCGCGUUACUCCGGCAGGUUCCGGAAUUCACUAUAGCCGCCGCGCUGCGCCAAGAUGAGGCCAAUUCCGGGACGAUCGUCGCCUUUUCGCAUGGGAACAAUAGGUAUUUGGAGCUGCAGAGCAGCGGUCGCAAGGACGAGCUUCGAUUUCAUUACGUAUCACGCCACGACGGAACCGUACACGUCGAGACGUUUCCCUUUCGAGUGGCCGAUGGCGCCUGGCACAGGGUCGCCCUGAGCAUAAGCGGCUUGCAGGUCGAGCUGCUGGUCGACUGUCACUCCUUGUACAGGCGACUGCUGAGAGCUGGUGCACCCGACACAAAUUUUACCCUACCGCAACUUCAGCUCUGGGUCGGACAGAGAAAUGCCAGGCACUUUCUCUUCAAGGGUGCCUUGCAGGAUGUCAAGCUAAUAGCAGGACCUCACGGUUAUCUUUCCCAGUGUCCUCAGCUCGACUCAUCUUGCCCCACAUGCGGUCAAUUUUCAUCGUUACUGAAUAACGUGGAAAAUCUAAACCAUAUGCUCGAGGAAUUGACCCAUAGACUAGCCGCUGCAGAGGACAGGAUAAGCAAAGUGGAGGAGUGCGAGUGCCAAAAAUCCUGUAGGGCGAACGGUACCGUCCACGAGGACGGCGCGACCUGGGAGAAGGAUUGCCAGCAAUGUUCCUGCGUCCAUGGCAAUAUCGAAUGCAGGCCAACGCCUUGCGCCAAGGUUACCUGCAAGCAUCCUAUCAUUCCUAAAGGACAGUGUUGCCCGAUUUGUCUCAGACAAUGUUUAUUGCAUGGCACAAUAUACGAUCACGGCGAGAGGGUCUCGCCGAAACAGUGCAUCGAAUGCGACUGCUACGAUGGUAGCUUCACCUGUCAGAGGUUCGAGUCUGAUAUGAUAUGCCCACCACUGCCGUGUCCACCUAGCGAGCAAAUCAGCGUGGCGGAGGAGUGCUGCAAAUUUUGCCCAGGGGUGGAUUACUGCGCGAAGGGCCACAAGUGUCACGCUAACGCGUCCUGCCUGAAUCUCCAGACGACUUACGCCUGCCAUUGCGAUAUCGGUUUCCAGGGGGAUGGUCUUAACUGUCACGAUGUGGACGAGUGCAAGCAGCAAGGUGGAUCGGACGGUCAUCAUUGUAACGCAAACACGAGAUGCGUCAACGUGAUCGGCUCUUAUACGUGCGAGUGUCUUCCGGGUUACCAUAGAGUCGACAAGUACAAUUGCGCUGAGCUGGACGAGUGCACGACUGGUCAUCACCAGUGUGAUGAGCACGCCACGUGCGUGAACACUGCCGGCAGCUACUACUGCGUCUGCAAGGACGGUUAUACCGGCGACGGUUAUACGUGUAAACCCGUGUGCAAUCAGACCUGUCAGAAUGGCGGCGAAUGCGUGGCACCCGGGAGGUGUUCCUGUCGACGCGGUUACAUCGGUAACAGCUGCGAGCUCGACUUGGACGAGUGCGCCAGCGAUCUGCAUCGAUGUCAUCAGUCGUCCACGUGCUUCAACAUGCCCGGCUGGUACUACUGCCGUUGUAAGCCCGGCUACAGGAGCGCCCUGCACGACAGCACCCAGGGUACGCAAUGCCUCGACAUCGACGAGUGCAACGAUCUGACAGGAGAGAGGAGGCAUACGUGCCAUCCCACAGCGAAAUGCAUCAACACCGAGGGCGGUUACGAGUGUGUGUGUCCACCGAAGACGAAUCUGGAGGAGACUGCAGAGGAAUGCAGACUCAGCUGCUGGUUGAAAGGUCGCGAAAUUAACAAUGGCGACACUUGGACGCAGGAGGAAAAUUCUUGCAGGAAAUGUACGUGUCAAGACGGCGUGAUCACUUGCAAGGACCUCGUAUGCGAUUGCAGCGCACCGGGCAGCCGUAGGAAUAAAUGCUGUCCUCAAUGCAAUCCCGCAGCGUCCUGCAGGCAUCAAGAGCUCCAUCACCUAGUCUUCAGAAGCGGAGAACGUUGGAUAUACCAGUGUCAGACUUGCGAAUGCCUGUACGGCGAAAUAGACUGCUGGCAGAUGGAGUGUCCACCGGUAACCUGCUCGAAUCCCGUGACCGAGGAGGGCGAUUGUUGCCCGCGCUGCGAGGACGAUCCCUGUGCACGAGAGGUGCACACGAACGGCACCAUGCUCACGGUUCCUAGUCGUCCCCGACCAUGCAGCUACGCUGGCAUCGUCCACGACAGCGGUAGCUCCUGGCAGGAUCCCCACGACAAGUGCACCACGUGCGAGUGCAAGGACGGGCAGCUUUGCUGCAGCUACGAUUACGGCUGCGCUGGCGAUCUGGGUGACGACAAGCAGCAACGGCCUCCAGUCCCUGCUCCUGAGUCUUUCGUACGUCAUCCAUCGGACUCUGCGGUCCAGUCGUUGGUCAACGGUACACCGAAAGCAGCUCUACCAACGGUCACCGGCACAUCCGGCACUACACGCACCAUCACUACCACCGUCACGAGCACCACCUCCCCCGUCUCGUCGUCCUCGCACUACUCGUCAUCCUUCAACAUCAGCAACGAAAAACCUCACGAUCUCAGACAGGAUCAGACAACAGGUUUGGCCACGUCACGAGCUCAACAGAGAGACGCCUAUUAUGCCAUUAGGUCGCAACAGCAACAAGCAUCGUCGACCACGAGAUACCAGCAGUUCGUCAGAGACUCGACAACGUCGUCGACAGCGUCAGGACGAUCCGCAACAACGUCGGCGACGACGGCGAGGGCGCCGCUUGCGACGUCCAGCGAUGACAGAUCGACAUCGUCGCGACGCAGCCAGUCGACGAAUACCGUCGAUCGUCGCGGCGUCGCCACCGCUUCUUCCUCUUCCUCGUCGUUGUCGUCGUUGGCGUCAUCAUCGCCGACUCUCGCGGUGGUCCUGGCUACUCCAACGAUCGAGGAGGCUGAUCGAUCAUCCACGAGCAUCUCCGCGCAAAUUCGCCAGCUGGUCGAUCGUCGUAAAGACAACAAAAAGACCAUUGUUCUCAAUAACGCCACUUGAGGACCGUGGAUCUAGAGGAAGAUAGGAAAGGACGAAUCUGACACAAGGCAUUCUAGAGGGAAAAUCCUGGAGAAUCUCUCAUAGUCGUUCGAGCGCGUCGUCUAUUGUCUACCGUCGGCAGAAAGAGGGAAAUAAAAGCUGAAGAACAGAAGAAACGGGAUCAUCAAUGAUACACUCGACGCAAGGAGAGAGUUAUUGCGCUGUUGCGAGGGAGAUUUGUUCCUGUUUUCGGAGCCUGUCUCCGUGUCUGAUAAUUCCGAGGAGAGAUGUCUCGUCAACGCAUCUACAUCGACGACCUUGGACCUAAUCCCGCUAGGCUUCAGGUUUUAAUCCUGAAAUUGACUGUAUCGUUUGCGAUCGAAUAGAUAAAGUCAUGUCAAGAUUUUGACACUAUCAAGAUCAAUUCAGAAUGUUCUGAAUGCUUUUCCGCUUAAAUCUCUCGCUCGAGUUGCGGUGACCUUCGCCUUGGUUGCCAUCACCAGCUGAGCGUCGAGACGCGGCGCUAAUGGCUUCGAGAGAUAAUCAGUGCGAAGAUAAAUUCUAGAUCAAAAAUCUUCCAUAUCAAAGAUUUAUCUUUGAUAUAUUAUCAGUUUAUAAUUCACAAAUUUUUCGCACAAAACGAUUUAUAUUAACGAUAUUAUUUGACAAUCUAAAUUAUCUGCUGGAAUAAAACAUUAGAAAUGUUUGUGGAUUUUAAUUUGAAAAUUGAAAUAUAAAAAUUCGGAUCGAAAUAUAAUAUACAGAUUCCUAAUGUUAAAUCUUUGAUGCAUUUUGUCAUCUUUUCAUAUUAUUUUUGUAAUAUUCGCGUAUACAAAUAUUUAUUAUUUUCUUAUCAUACAAAUUAUAAUAUUGAUUUUUUAAAUUUGUUUACUACCUUUAGGAGAGCUUCUUUAUUAUUAUAACGACGCAAAAGAAUUUUGUUUGGUGAAUAAAUUAAAAUUAAUAAGAUGAAAUAUUUACAUAAGAAUGACUAAAGGAGUGUGUCAGAAAGAUGGACGUAUUUUUCGUGAAUCUCAUAUAAUGUGUCACACAAUAUACAAUGAUUAUUUAAAAACGAUACUUUAAAAUCAUUUAAAAAUGAUCACUUAUUUUAUUUACAAAGUAAUUUGUUUUUCUUACAUAUAACUAUUAUUUUACAAAUAAAAAAAUUGUUAUUUAAAAAAAAUGAUUAUUAUUGUAUUGAUAUUAUUUAUUACUUGAUGUAAGAUAAGAGACGUAGCAAAUAAUAUAUAAAAUUGAUAAGAAUUAUUAUCAAUUUUGUAAUUCAUAUUUUCAGUUCGUCACAUAGAACGCAAAAAAUUAUUACACAUAUACAAACAAUACAUUAUAUUUUCAUUAUAAUCAUCAAAAUUGUAACAAGACGCAUAUAUGUAAUGACUAAUGGAAAAGCAUAACUUACUCGAUAAAUCAUUAUAUUGAUCAGAAAUAGCUCCACGCAACUAUAAAAUUUUAAAAAAUUUCGAAACAGAAAUGUCUUUUAUUUUACGAAUUAAUGAAUUAAAUUAUACUUUGUUUAACUUUGUGUUUCAGCACUGAUUAUCGAUCAAAGCGAUCACGCGCCCUCCGUGGAUCGAGCAUGAUCAAACGAACCGAGGGCGCAGAUUCAAUUUCACAAAAAAAAAGAAAAAGAAAAAAAAGAAAAAACAAAAAAAAAAAAGAAACUUCUUU